CGAAAAUCCCUAAUAAUUCUUUACCACAUUUUUGUUUCUCCUUUCUUUUCUUCCCUCCCAACUGCCUUCUUUUCCUUCCCCUGUUCAUUUCGUUGGGGUUUUGAAAUGGGUUUUCCGAGAAAGAAACAAGAACAGAGAGAAAUGAGGAAACAGAGCACAAUGCUGCUGAAAUUAGACGAUUUCGCCGGCGUGACCCAGCAGCGGAAAUGGACUCGGUUCGACUACCUGGUCGCCGUGGCCAAAUUUGCCCUCAAGAAGCUACAACAAGAAGAGGAGCAACAGAACUUCCAUCUCCGCCGCCGCCUCUCCCAUUUGCCUCCUCUGCCACCGACCGGUCGCCGCAAGUCGGGCUCUUUCCGUUCGAUUUCCGUCGAACCCAGCAAGAAAAUCGAAAUGUAUGAAAUGGGAAAGAAGAAGAUCAAGAAGGGAAAGGGGAGAAAGAACCAAGAAGCGGUUUUUGGCGGGAUGGAUUUUCGUCCGCCGCUGCCGGAGCGAUUCGCGAGGUACAUCGACGAGGUGAGGGGGAGGGAGGUGAAGAUGGUGAUCCAGAAGCGUCUGUCGAGGAGCGACCUGGACCAGAGCCAGGCUCGGCUGUCGAUCCCGCGCGGGGCGGUGGAGGAAGAGUUCCUGACGGCGGAGGAGGCGGCGGAGCUGGGGAAGCGGUGGGGCACGCAUGGAUGCCGGCUAGGCGGGGUGGACGCGCGCCUAAUUGUCGAGCCAAUGGAGAAGGAAUGGCUUGUGCAUCUGAAGCAGUGGGGCACGGUCGUCGGCAGGGGGAACUACGUUCUGACGUCGCAGUGGAACAGCGUGGUGGAGGAAGUGAAGUUUGGGGAAGACGACGCGAUUCAGCUUUGGAGCUUUAGGGUCGGAAGGGAACUGAAUCUGGUUUUGGUACGGUUGGGUUUGUGAAUUGAGGGGGAUUUUGGUUGCGGAUUAGGGAUUUUUGGGGGGAAAUUUUUUGGGGCGCCAUUCAUGGCGGCGGUGGUGGAGGACCGGCCGGAGGAAGCCGUUGAGCUGAAUUUUGGAUUAGCUGUGUUCUGUAAGUGGGAUUAGUCUGUCAUUAAGGGGUGGCUGUUUAGUUCUUCCUUUGUAAUCAUUUGAGAUUAGAGUGUACAUAAGGCAGAGAUCCAAAGCUUUCUGAUGACAGAUUAUUCGGGUUACUUUCACUUUUUUUGUUAGUGUUAAUCAUCAAUGGCAUUUUGAUUGGGCUAAUCAACAAAAUGGUUUGAAAUGAGAUCAAAAUGGUUUGAAGCAACCCAAAUUAACUUGCGCUAAUUGGAAUUUGGAGAUCAAAAUUGUUGGCAUUAGCAUAUUAUUACUUAUGACGUUGUAACAAGGCCCAAAUUUAACAAGGCCCAUUAAACAGUAUAGUUAGACGGUAGAGUAUAUUUGUUACGUUUUAAUAUUAAAAGAGUAGAUUUAUACAAAAUAUUAAUAGAGAGUUACGAUUUACUUAGUUUGCAAUAACACUAGAAGGUACAAAAUGCUAUAAAGCCUAAAUAUAAUA